AUGCCGCUCCCGAAGCGAUUGGUAGAGCCUGUUCAUGUAGCACGUGGCACUAUCCCUGAGGACUUCCCGCUGCCAUCGGAACUCGAGGCGGCCACCAAUGGCACCUUGGCCAACACUAUCAGACAACUAUCUAGCUUGUCGAGGCAUGCCGAGGAUCUCUUCGGCGAGUUGGCAAGAGAAGCGCACGGAUUGAGCGAUCGAGCGAAUUCCCUGCAGGCUAGGAUAGAUCGUUUAGCUGUCAAGGUUACCCAAUUGGAUAGUAAUGUUGAGGAAGUCUCAUUGCAAGAUAUACACAUGAGGAAAGCCUUCAAAAGUUCUGUGGUGUUCGAUCAGCAAGUCGUCUCUAGAGACACCAUGCCGACGGCGAUGCUGGAAACGUAUCAUCAAUGUGACACGCCACCGCCCCUAGACAAACUUAAUAUUUACAGGGAGGAUGGCAAGGAUGGUUUGAAAUUCUACACCGAUCCGAAUUACUUCUUCGACCUAUGGAGUCAGGAAAUGCUCAAAGACACGGAAAAGAAAUUACAUGAUCGAGGAAAGAAGCCGCACAGGCCUCGGAAUGAGGGUGGCGGUGGAGGUGGUGGCAGGCAUAAGAAGCGUGUAAGGCAACCACAUAAUACGAGGGAACGACAACGGCAACUGGCUGUUGGCCAUGGCGAAUACAUCAUGCCGACGCAAGCAGUGCAGUACAGGGCGCCACACAAUGUACAACCCGAUGAUGCGUUGUUGGGAAUGGUAAUGACGGAUCCCAGGCCACCCAGGCCCAACAGCAUCGAACUACGACGAAGCUACCCUCCAGAAGAGCAGCAUCUUUACAGCCCGCCGUCUUCCGAUCACUAUAGGGGAACGAACUAUAUGACUCAGGGCUACGAUGACAAUCCAUACGGCUCGCAUUACGCCUCGGGUCAGGCACCGAUCGGUAGCGACGCGUAUCAAAGUCCUGGCGGUCAGAGUACUCCGAGUCGGGGCGGUAGGUCACGACCAUCGCAACCGCCACCGGCGCCGCCGAGCAACGCUUCCAGCAAUUCUACACCCACAGUAGCAUCCGCUAACAAUACUCCCACUAGGGGAAGAUCCAUGAGCACCGGCAGGGAUACCCUGCCACCGCCACCCCCGCCACCUGGAGAAACCAUGUCUCCUCCUUCCAUGAACGGUUCCAUACCGCCACACUUGCUGAACAGGAGCGGAAGUCGGUCAGAUAGUCCUCUACCAAGUCAACGUUCGACACCGACACCACCGAACCAUUCAGGUCAAUUGGGUACGGAUGAGACAGAUCCAGCACCCCAGGAUCUUCCACCACCUCCACCCACCCCAGAUCCUACUCCGCCACGACCCAUCUCACCUCCAUGCAACAUCCCGCCACCUCCACCACCGCCGCCUCCUCCACCGGUCGCCAAUGGACCUACGGCGCCAUUGCCGUUGACAAAUGGUGACAUCGCAAAGAUGAUUGCGACCAAUCCGCCGAAACUAAAGCCCCUGAAGAGCAUUGUAGAUGGCCAGCUAAGGAAACCCGUCAACCCGAAUAUCCCAUUAGUCGACCCGCGAAAUGAUUUGCUCAAGGCGAUUCGUGAUGGUAUAAAACUACGCAAGGUAGAGAAGAUCGAGCAGAAAGAGGUGGAGCGGGUGAACGCACUCAACGACGUCGCAUCCAUUCUAGCGCGCCGCGUCGCCGUCGAGUUUAGCGACAGCGACUCUGCAUCAGAGAGCGAAUGCGACAGCGAAGGAUGGGGUGAGCAGGAGAGUAAUCUGGCGUGACCCAACUCCCUGUCAUCCGCCGCUGUUACUGCCUCCUAGAGAAAUGGCCGAUGAUUAAUUCAUUUUGAUGCUUUGAAGCCACCCUAACGUUCUCCGGCGCUGUAACGAGUCGAUUUAUUUAAUUAUUUCGUUUCUCGUUUCGUAUUUCCGUGGCCGAGGAAUCAUAAAACAUUCGCGCGCUUUAAACAUUGUAUAUAUUUAGAAUUUACGAAUUUCCAAAACAGAACCGAAGUAAAUUCUGAAUUAUAAAAGCAUAAUUGUACACAAUCCUUUUAACGGAGAUUAUUCGUUAUGGAGAAUAUACAGGUAGAAUCUUAAUUUAUUAUCGCUCAUCAAACAAAGACAACGUAAACUUUAUUAAUGGAAGUAAUUGUUCGCGCCUCUAUCGCGUUAUUAAUAUGAGAAAAAUUGAAAUGAU